AUGGACAAAUCAGCUGAAUACAAUGUUGACCCGAGCAGUGAGCUCAACGAUGAGGUUCUGCUUGGAGAAAAGACUGGUUCUGUCGCAGACAAGAGAGACAUGGAUCGCCUGGGCAAGGAGCAACUGUUCAAACGAAACUUUGGCUUUGUGUCAAUAUUCGGGUUUGCCUUGAUCAUCAUGAGCACCUGGGAGACAAUUUUGUCGACCGUGGCAUUCGGCCUAGGCAACGGCGGGCCUGGAGGGCUUAUUUGGACCUUUCUCGCGGCCUGGUCUGGCUUUAUCCUGGUUGGUGUCUCGAUGGCGGAAAUGGCAUCAAUGGCACCGACGUCAGGUGGACAAUACCACUGGGUCUCCGAAUUUGCGCCUCCCAACGUGCAACGACUUCUAUCUUACUUCAUCGGAUGGCUGGGUAUUCUAGGAUAUCAGGUCGGAACGACGAUCGGGGCCUACGUGGCCGGUACCUUGAUUCAAGGUCUCCUCAUUUUGAACUAUCCAGACACUUACCACCCGGAAAGAUGGCAUGGAACAUUGAUGGCGAUGGCAAUUUCUAUCUGUGUGGCCCUCUUCAAUAUUUUCCUGGCAAAGCACCUCCCGCUGGUAGAAGGCAUCAUCUUGGUGCUCCAUCUUGCCGGGUUCUUUGCUAUUCUGGUCCCUCUAUGGGUCAUGGCCCCACGUACUCCAACUUCGGAGGUCUGGACAUCGUUCGUGGACGGAGGACCUUGGGGAAGCAUCGGAGUUGCCUGUCUGGUUGGUAUGAUCACGAACGCCGGCGCCCUUGUUGGUGGAGACGCUGCAGCACACAUGGCGGAAGAGUUGAAGAAUGCCUCGAAAAUGCUCCCACGAGCCAUGAUCUGGACGAUUGUGGUGAACGGUCUUCUCGGAUUCCUUAUGCUUGUUACAUUUCUCUACACACUGGGCGAUCUUGAUGAGGAUCUCGCCUCGGCCACUGGCUACCCCGUCAUUCAAGUCUUCAACACGGCAACUGGUUCUGCUGGCGGAGCGUCAGGUCUGACAUGCCUCUUGAUCAUUCUCAACAUCUGCGCUAAUCUGACCACCAUGGCGGGUUCAUCACGUCAGCUGUUCUCCUUCGCGCGCGACAAGGGAGUCCCUUACCACAACUGGGUGUCCCGUGUGCCAUCCGGCUACGACGUUCCCGUUGUCGCCAUCAUGGUCUCUGCGACUUGGGCGUGUGUCUUUCACUGCAUUUACAUUGGCUCGGCUCUCGCGUUCAACAUCAUCAUGUCCAUUGGCACUGUUGCACUCGUCACGUCAUACAUGGUCUCCAUUGGUACCAUUACCUGGAAACGACUACAGGGGCACCCUCUUCUCCCGUCAAACCUGAAGCUUGGCAAGCUCGGUCUUCCCAUCAACAUUGCCUCUCUGUGUUUCUGCGCCGUUGUCUACGUAUUUGCAUUCUUCCCGCCUGUGCCGAAUCCCAUAGCUGCGGAGAUGAAUUGGGCGAUUGCCGUGUAUGGGGGGAUGUUGCUCUUGGCCUUCACCUACUACGUACUUCGCGCAAGGCACGCUUAUGUUGGACCGGUUGCCUAUGUUAGAAAGACGGCUUAG